CCAAUUGCUAUUUCCCGCCCCGCACAGCUACGUCACGGCGAAAAUCGGACAAUUGAAAGUUGCGACAAGAAACGUCGUUCAACCUUCAAUCUUCACGGCUCAAAUACAGAAGAAGCUACCAAUCAACCACCAUGCUGCUGGCAGGGUCAAAAAAGUCUCUCGCGUUUGAUUCGAUUGGUGAAGGAGGCGUAGCGCUCCUGCCGACGGAGCCAGAAGACAUGUGGCACGCAAAUAACCUGAUCGCGGCCGACGAUGUCCUCAAGGCGCACGCGGUGCGCAAGGUAGUGGUCGAGAGCAAGACGGGCAGCACGUCGUCGCAGCGGGUACACACGGAGCUCACCAUAAAGGUGACGUCGACCUUCUUCGACCCGGCUGCGUCGGCGCUGCACGUGUCGGGCACGGUGACUUCGGAGAACAGCUUCGUGGCCCUGGGCCAGUACCACACGCUCGACCUGGAGCUCAACCGGCCCUUCACGCUGUGGAAGCGGCACGGCUGGGACUCAGUCGCGGUCGAGACGCUGCGCAACGCGCUCAACCAGGACAAGGACGGCGCCGUCGCGGCCGUGGUCAUGCAGGAGGGGCUCGCCAACAUCUGCCUCAUCACCGACUUCCAGACCCUGCUCAAGCAGCGCGUCGAGAGCAGUGUGCCGCGCAAGCGCGCCGCGAGCAGCGAGACCGAGGGCGGGAUGCGCAGGUUCUACGAGAAGACGCUGUCGACGCUGCUGCGCGCCGUCGAGUUCGGGGGCGAGUCGAGGCCGCUGCUGCUCGCGUCGCCGGGCUUCGUGGCGCAGGACUUCAAAAAGUACAUAAGCGAGGAGGGGGCGCGGCGCGCCGACAAGAUGCUGCAGCGGCUGGCGCGGGAGGCCGUGGUGGUGCACUCGAGCUCGGGCCACCUGCACUCGCUCAACGAGGUGCUCAAGAGCGCCGAGGUGCAGGCGCUGAUGCGGGACAAGAAGUUCAGCCACGAGACGGGCUACAUGGACGACUUCUUCACGCGGAUGCGGCGCGACGACGGCCGCGCGUGGUACGGGACCGGCCCGGUGGAGAAGGCGGUGCGCGAGGGCGCCGUGGGCCGGGGCGGCGGCGUGCUGCUCGUCAACAACGCGCUGUUCCGCAGCCUGGACAUCGCGACGAGGCGGCGCUAUGUCGCGCUCGUGGACAAGGUCAAGGAGGAUGGAGGCGAGGCGAGGAUACUGAGCAGCGAUCACGAAAGUGGGCAGCGCCUAGAUGCCCUCGGCGGCAUCGCCGCUACUUUGACCUACCCAAUAUUCGAUCUGGACGAGGAAGGCGAGGGUGAGGCAGGGGCGGAAGAUGGCGGAGGUGCAGAUGGGAACGGGGCAGCUAUUAUUUGACUCUAGAACGGGUGGGAAAGUUGGGUGCAGUUCUUUUCUCGAGAUACCUCCAAUACAUUUCGCAUUUUUACUUCAACGA